AUGAAUAUCACAGAAAUUAUCCUCUUAGGUUUUGGAAAAUUUAGUCAAUGGAAAAAUGCAAUGUUCUUUGUUUUCCUUGUGAUUUAUAUCAUAUCCAUGACUGCAAAUGUUCUUAUUGUAAUUAUAGUUGUGAUUGAUCGGCAUCUUCAUACACCCAUGUAUUUCUUUCUAGCAAACUUGUCAUGCCUAGAGACUUGCUAUAUCUCUAAUAUCUUACCCCAAAUGAUGGAGGGCUUGUUGACUGAUGAAAUGGCAAUUUCAUUCAGUGCCUGCUUUGUACAAUUUUUUUUCUUUGGUUAUCUAAUGGCAACUGAAUGUUAUCUCCUCUCAGUGAUGUCAUAUGAUCGGUAUUUAGCUAUAUGUGAGCCAUUGCACUAUGCAACACGCAUGAACGCACACAUUUGCAUCCAACUUGCUGCUUCUUCAUGGAUUAACGGACUUCUAGCCACUUCAGUCCUGCUGAUUUUCAUGCUACAGUUAACAUACUGUGGCCCCAAUAAAAUUAAUCAUUACUUUUGUGAUUCUGUCCCACUUAUAAAACUUUCCUGUAGUGACACCAGCCUAGUGGAACUAAUGAGUUUUAUCCUGGCAUUUGUAUUCACCCUGCCACCUUUUCUCUUCACUUUGACAUCCUACAUAUACAUACUAACCACUAUCUUGAGAAUUCCUUCCAGAAGUGGGAGAAAAAAGGCUUUUUCUACGUGUUCCUCUCACCUUAUCGUGGUUUCUACCUUUUAUGGAACCAUUAUGAUUGUGUAUAUGUUACCGAAGAUGGAAGCACUCAGUGAUUUCAGCAAAGUUGCGUCUCUCCUGUACACACUCCUGCCCCCUGUUGCAAAUCCUCUAAUAUACAGCUUGAGAAAUAAGGAGGUAAAAAUGCCAUAG